AAUAUGUUAUCUUGAAAUGUGGCCUUUUAUGCUUUAUAUUCAUAUAUAUUCAUUUUAUAUAUUUGGCAUCUUCAAAGAUUUAAGACAGAAGACGAUGGAAGUUGUUUACAAACACUUAUUUUUUUUACAAAAAUGUGAACAUUGAAUUUACGAAUAUGAAGUUUGUUCGUUGCAAAUGUUUGCACAGAGCUUUUUUGUAAACUUGAUCCAUAAUUCAUUGGACUGCGUGUGUGUGUGUGUGUUUGUAUGUGAAAGUUAACAAUAUUUUUUUCUGUUUUUUAUUUUGUUUUUUGUUCUUCAAAUCAUUCUGAAUUAUUUUUUGUUGUUGAAACAAUGAUUGCAUCUAUUUCAAAUAGUCUGUUCUGGUUUUGUUUCUGUUUAGUUUUUGGUACAAUUUUAUCAAUACAAACUACCCAAAUCAAUCAAAAUGAACUUUGUAGAGAUGGAAAAUUUCGACUAAUAGAGCAUGAAACAUAUUGCGAUUAUUAUUAUCGUUGUGAAGAUGGCCAUAUUAUUGAACAAAAAUGUCCAAAUGGCUUGGUAUUUGCUGGUUAUCGCCGUGGUAUGAUUGAUCAUUGUGGUUAUCCAUACAUUGUUGGCUGUCCAGAUGGUGUCAAAAUUAUGGGUCAAUCACCAUUAAAUUUGGUCAAUUGUCCAUGGAGUUAUGGAACAUUUGCACAUGAAACAUCAUGUACAAGAUAUUGGCAAUGUUGGAAUGGUACCGGUACAUUACAACAAUGUCCAUAUUCAUUACUUUUUAAUGAACAAAUUCAUUCUUGUGAUUGGCCACAAAAUGUACCUGAUUGUCAAAAACAUCCAAUUUGUAAUGAAAAACCUAAUGGUGCUGUAGCCAUUGAAAAUAGUUGCGAUAGAUAUUGGCUUUGUGUUGGUGGCUAUCCACGUUUACAACGUUGUCCAGCUGGUUUAGCAUUUAGCAUUGAAUUAUCAAAAUGUGAACUCGAUUAUACUGUUCCUGGAUGUGAACCUGUACAACCAUCUGUUGAUAGCAAUGAUGUCGCAUACAAUAAUAAUGGAACCAACGAUGCUGAUCGUGAUUCGCGUGGCUCAUUGUGAAUUCAACCGUCUCAUACAUAUUACAGUCAUACACACACACACACACACGCACACCUUUACCACUUGCUACCUGAUUUGACCUAAAAUAUAAAAAAAAAAAAAAAGAUUAAAAUAUCAUUACAAUUACAAAUAUCUACUCACAUAAUGGCUACAAAAAAUAUCUCUACAACAAUGCUGAUUCAUGAUAAAACACACACACACACACACACAUCAUCAAAAUGGAAAACAUACUGUUAAUCAUUUGAAAUCUAUGAUGUUAAUAUCAAUGUUGAUUAUGUUUUAAUGCAUUAUGUUUAUUAUAAAUAAUACAAUUUUUUAUAUAUAAUAAAAAUGUAUCAUAUAUGA